ACUCAGCCCGACAUUAGUUGCGUUGACGCAAAGCAACGAAUCGAGACGCACAAGACAACAGCCAGUUUGACUCUCUCAUUUUCGGAGUGAAAAUCGCCCAGUCAUUCUCCGGUGGUGGCGCCGCCGCCGGGAAAACUGCCGAUUAAGUACCGAAAUGGAGGGAACCACCACCGUGGUUGUGUUCGAUUUCGAUCACACGAUGAUCGAAGACAACAGCGACACCUGGGUAGUGGAGCAAAUGGGCCUAACCCCUCUGUUCGAUCAGCUUCGCCGUACAUUGCCUUGGUUCACUAUCAUGGAUAGGAUGAUGGAGGAGCUCCACUCAAGAGGGAAAACAAUUGAGGAAAUCACAGAGUGUUUGAGGCGGGUUCCUAUGAAUCCCAGAGUAAUUUCAGCCAUCAGAAAAGCCCAUUCUCUGCCUAGGUGCCAAUUAAGAAUAAUCAGCGACGCGAAUCAGUUCUUUAUUGAGACAAUCUUGAAGCAAUUUGGGUUGUUUGAUUGUUUCACUGAGAUAGUUACAAACCCUAGCAUUAUUGAAGGAGGCAGGCUGAGGAUAUUCCCCUACCAUUCCUCUCCUCAUGGUUGCAGUUUAUGCCCUCUCAAUUUGUGCAAGGGUCUCGUGAUAGAGCAGAUCCAAGCUUCUAUUUCUGAGAAAGGGAAGGUAAGAAUGAUCUACCUUGGAGAUGGAAUAGGUGAUUUCUGCCCAAGUCUGAAGCUUGGAGAGGGAGACCAUGUGAUGCCAAGAAAGGAUUUUCCUUUAUGGGAGAGGAUUUGUGAUAACGGUACGAUUAUCAAGGCAAAGGUCUAUGAGUGGAGCAACGGAGAGGAGCUUGAGAGAAUCCUAAGUCAGCUUGUUGACACAGGCACCAUAUAAGGAAACUCUGAUUCUUCGUUUUACUUCGUUGACGCAAUUAAUGCUCUGAUAGGUAUAUCAUCUGAAACUUUUCAAUUUUAGACUACUACUCUUUGGGUUGAUGUAGAAUGACUUUGGAUAUCAUUUUCCAAUGUUUCGCAUCAAACUUUAAAAAAAUAUUUGAGGAUUGGGUUGUAACUCGGCAAAGAGAGCUAAGAUUAUUCUCGUGGAAGCAAUCUAACAACACGGUUUUCUUA